CCUCUCUCUCAUGGCGGAGGAACCCAUCAACCAUCUCAAGACUACAAUCAUCAAAGCUUCCAUCCACUGCCAAGGCUGCAAAAGAAAAGUCCACAAAAUUCUCUCUCAAAUUCAAGGAGUGGAGCAUGUAGACAUCGACGCGCAGCAACACAAAGUAACGGUGAAGGGAAACGUCGACGCCGACGCCUUGAUCAGAAAAUUGAUCAAAUCCGGCAAAAACGCACAGCUAUGGCCGCAAGACGAAAUUAUUCCUACAAUUGGAAAGAAGAAAGAGAUGAAAACAGAAGAAAAACUUGACGCCGUAGAAGCGCCUCCGGCUUCUGCUAAUAAAGGUACAACCACCGAAACCGCAGGUGACGGCGGAGGAGGAGAUGUCAAAAAAGCAAGAGGCGGCGCCGACGUAAAAAAGUCAGAGGAGGAGAAGAAGAGCGAGGAGAGCUGCUCGGCCGCGCCGGAGAAGAAGGAGGUGGUGGAGAAAAGCGACGGCGGCGGUAAAGGUAACGGUGUGCCUUAUGUGAAAAAGAAGAAGAAGAGAGUGCAAAUUGACGGAGGAUUAGAGAAUCCGCUGCCAGCGAGCAAUGAGAGUCCUACUCCCACUCAGUGUCAUAAUGAAUUUCCUCCUGCGGCGGCGCAGCCUGUGUGCGCGGCGAGCUACAAUACGGCGUAUCCUAGUAGCAGCUACACGGCGUCGUACUACAGUGCGCCUCCACCUCAUGCGCACGCGUAUAUGCACCCAAUGGCGGAUCCAGGAAUAAAAAUGGAGCCGCCGCCGUUGGAUUCUGAGUUGAAUCAACGGCAGCCGUUGGAUUCUUUUGAAAUGUUUAGCGAUGAAAAUCCAAAAGGAUGCUUUAUUAUGUGA